GCUCAAUCCAAAUCUCUCUGCCCAGUUAAUUUCUCUCUCCUCUCCUCUCUCUCUCUCUCUCUCUCUCCUGUCAACAGAGCAACUUUGCAGCACGCUUUUCUGUAGUAGCUUUCCUUGAGCCUCCCGUUUUGUCCCCGGGUCAGGCUCCCCUGCGUCUCCUCUUUCUUCACGCCUGCCUGCCUGCCCCAGCCCCAAAAAUCACCUAUCUCUCUCUCUCUCUCUCUCUCUCUCUCUCUCGCUCGCUCUGUGUAUUUUUCUGGUUCUUCCUGCUGCAGAGCAAAGCAAAAACCAUGAGCAGCAAAGAGAAGCUUGUUGUUGAAGUAGUUGCAGCGCACAACUUAAUGCCAAAAGAUGGGGAAGGCUCGUCUUCUCCGUUUGUAGAAGUGGAGUUUGAGAAUCAGAGGCGGAGGACCCAAGUGAAGUACAAGGACCUCAACCCCAUCUGGAAUGAGAAGCUCGUCUUCCACAUCAAAGACGUAGCGGAUCUUCCCUACAGGGCCAUUCAAGUUAGCGUCUUCAACGAGAAAAGGUCCAGCAACAGUCGAAAUUUUCUGGGUAAAGUCAGCAUCUCUGGUUCAGCCAUUACCAGGGAAACCGACGAUCAGGGCAUUAACGUUCAGUUGCAUAGCCUUGAGAAGAGAAGUUUGUUCUCUCACAUUCGGGGAGAGAUGAGCUUGAAGCUUUACCUCUCUGGGAGGGAAGAAGUGACGGAAAUGGCUGCUAAUGGGAUCACUACCCCUGUUUCCUCUUCCUCUGCUUUUUCAAAGAACAAGAAGCUGCAGCAAGCAAGCGCGGCCAUGGCGGUGCAGCAGCAACAGUUACUCCAAGAGAACAAACAGACCCAGCAGGCUCUGCCGCAUUUGAAGCCUGUGGAGCCAAACCCAGGUGAGAUUAAGCCCGUCGUCAUCACAACAGGGCCUGGUCCUGCCAUUUCUGCCGCUGGAAGUGGCGUAGGCGGUAGCGGAGGGGGUGGUGGAUUGGGUAUUUACUCUAAUAGGGCGAGUGAGUUUUCGCUAAAAGAGACAAGUCCUCACCUUGGUGGAGGACCUUCGACCAGGGACAAGACCAGCUCCACCUAUGAUCUGGUUGAGCAAAUGCAGUAUUUGUACGUCAGAGUCGUGAAAGCUCGCGAUCUUUCGGUGUUCGGCGGUGGCGAAGUCAUGGCAGAGGUGAAGCUCGGGAAUUGCAGAGGCAUUACCAAAGGGGCGAGCUUGAACAACCCCGAGUGGGACCAAGUUUUCGCCUUCUCGAAGGAUUGCGUGCAGUCAUCAAUGGCAGAAGUCUUCGUCAAAUCUCAGGACAAAGACGACUUCAUUGGCCGAAUCUGGUUCGACCUGAGCGAAGUUCCCAAACGUGUUCCGCCGGAUUCCCAGUUGGCGCCGCAGUGGUACCGAAUGGAGGACAAGAAAGGGGAGAAGGCGAAAACAGGGGAAGUGAUGGUUUCAGUAUGGUUCGGUACUCAGGCCGACGAAGCCUUCGCCGAGGCAUGGCAUUCCAAGGCCGCAACCGUGCACUUCGACGGAUUGUGCUCUAUCAAGUCUAAAGUUUAUCUCUCCCCUAAACUUUGGUACCUUCGGGUCUCGAUCAUCGAGGCUCAAGACAUUGUUCUCGGCGAAAAGGGGUCGUCGGUGAUGCGAUAUCCCGAGCUGUCGGCAAAAGCUCAGGUGUCGAACCAGGUGCUGAGGACUCGAGUUUCGCCGGCGAACGCUUCCCGGAGCCUCUCAAAUCCUAUCUGGAAUGAAGACUUGAUGUUUGUCGUUGCAGAGCCAUUUGAGGACUAUCUGUUGGUCUCCGUGGAGGACCGUCUCGGACCGGGCCGGGAUGAGGUCGUCGGGAGAGUCCUUAUUCCGGUGGCGGCCAUCGAAAGAAGAACAGACGAAAAGCUGGUGGUUUCUCGGUGGUUUAACCUCAAUACGCAUUCAAACAACUCCACCGAAUCAAAAUCCGCCACAAGGUUUGGCUCCCGGAUCCACCUCCGCGUCUCGCUCGACGGCGGCUACCACGUUCUGGACGAAACGACCAUGUACAGCAGUGACGUUAGGCCGACGGCGAAGCCGCUCUGGAAGCCCCACAUUGGGGUUCUCGAAAUGGGGAUUCUGGGCGCCACGGGGCUCGUACCGGUGAAGAUCAAGGAAGGGAAAGGAGGCUCUGCAGACGCCUACUGCGUCGCCAAGUACGGCCAGAAAUGGGUUCGCACGCGCACGGUGGUCGACAGUUUGUCUCCAAAAUGGAACGAGCAGUAUACCUGGGAGGUGUUUGAUCCAUGCACCGUCAUCACAAUUGGGGUGUUCGACAAUUGCCGCACCGAGAAGGCCACGGCGUCCGUCCCCGGCGCCAGAGACUCGCGCAUUGGAAAAGUUCGUAUCAGGCUUUCGACGCUCCAAUCCGAUCGGGUCUACACCCACUCGUAUCCCCUGCUGGUGCUGCACACAACGGGGGUAAAGAAGAUGGGCGAGCUUCAUCUUGCAGUGCGGUUUUCGUGCGCUAACAUGGCUAACAUGCUUCACAUGUACACUCUACCAUUGCUUCCCAAGAUGCAUUACGUGCAGCCCUUGUCCGUGAACCAAUUGGAGAACUUGAGGUACCAAGCUAUGAGCGUGGUAGCCUCCCGCCUCAACCGCGCCGAGGCCCCAUUGGGGCGGGAAGUGGUGGAGUACAUGCUGGAUCACGACUCUCACAUGUGGAGCAUGAGGAGAAGCAAAGCCAACUUCUUCCGUCUCAUGAGCGUCCUCUCCGGGCUCGUGGGCCUCGCGCGGUGGGUGGAGUCCAUGCGCAAUUGGCACAAACCGGUGUACUCAACUCUGUUUCUGGCGUUUUUCCUGCUGCUCGUGGCGAUGCCAGAGCUCAUAGUCCCUGCGGUUUUACUCUACGCGGCAUUUUUAGGAAUGUGGCGGUACAGGUCUCGGCCGCGACACCCGCCACACAUGGACACGCGGCUUUCCCAUGCCGAGAGCGUCUACCCGGACGAAUUGGACGAGGAGUUUGAUUCGUUCCCAACGAGUCGGAGUGGGGAGGUGGUGCAGAUGCGGUAUGACAGGCUUAGGAGCGUGGCGGGGAGAAUUCAGACGGUGGUGGGGGAUAUGGCGACCCAGGGGGAGCGGUUUCAGGCGCUGCUGAGUUGGAGAGACCCGCGGGCGACGUUCUUGUUUGUGAUGGUGUGCUUGUUUGCUGCGGUUGGCUUCUACGUGGUGCCAAUCAGGGUAGUGGUGGCUUUGUGGGGACUGUAUGCGUUGAGGCCGCCGCGGUUUAGCAGCAGGUUGCCAUCAAGGGCGUUGAGUUUCUUUAGGAGGUUGCCAACCAGGGCUGAUAGCAUGUUGUGAGUUUAUGGGAGUGGGGGAGAUUUUUGUAUCAUUGUAUGUAGUGGGGAAAUUUGAGAGUUGAAGGCGGGGGGAGGCCUUUUUGUUUGGAUUGUGGAGACCAUCUUUCCUGUUUUUGUGCAAGGGUAAUGGGCUUUUGAAUGCGUGAGUAGAUAAGUUUUUGUUAAUUCAAGCUGUCGAGCAAUGUAUGUAUGUGCAAUUGAGGAAGGGUAACGACAUGUUACGU